UGGUUAUUUUUUUUUGAGCCAAAAACAAUUUUUGAUUUGUCCAAUAGCCAACUAUGCAACAGCAACAAUCCACAUCGACAACGAUACCGCCAUCGCCGACGACCACACCGACGACAACAGCUUCAGAUACAAAAGUAAAAGUUGAACGUACUACAAGUCGAAGUGGUGAUCCAAAAGAAAAGAUAAAAAUAUCAGCAAAAUUAAAUGAAAAUGAAUUGAAAAAAGAUUCAAAAAGCCAAAUGAAUUGUGGACUGUAUUUUAUUCUACAAAUGUUGGCAUUGGUUACAUUGAUUUUGAUGGUAAUAUGGUUUAUUGAAAAUUUUGGUGGAUUAUCUUUCCAAACCAGUAAUGAAGACAAUAGUAGUAGUGGUGGUAGUAAUUGGGACCAAUUUCUCAAUCUUCAUCCAAUAUUUAUGGUUUUUGGAUUGGUUUAUGUGCUAGCGAAUUCAUUGCUAUUUCUAACAUCAUCACAAUCAUUACGAUUUGCACGUAUUUUGAUAUCGUUAGUCAUCAUUAUUGUUGGAUCAAUUGGUUUGCUCAUAACAAUCUAUUGGCAUAUGAAUGAAAAUUAUCAACAUUUUGAUUCACUACAUUCAUGGUUAGGUUUAAUGACAUGGAUUUUUUUACUCACCUAUCUUGUUUAUGGAUUUAAUGUUUAUGUUUCCAAUGUAAAUGAUGAUCGUCGUCGUGUACGAAUGAUUCGCCAUUUACGAAUGAUUGGCAUUGCAACAUUACUUAUGGCCGGUGCUACAUGUUUGUUGGGAAUUUCACAGAAUCUUAUUGUAAGAUCAAUGAAUAAACCAAAGACAACAAUUUUUGCUGCUGAUGAUGAUCAAAAACAGAAUCAAACUUCAACAACAACAAUGGCAACAACAACAUCAAUAGAAGAUGGCCAAUUGGAUGAUCAAUUAGUAUUUCAAGCAAAUUUAAUUGGCAAUACUAUUGGAAUGUUUCUACUGUGCUAUAUAUUAUCAAUGAUUUAUUUAAUGGCACGAAUGCGUUAUGAACCAUGGUCGAUGAGAAAACGUGAACAAAUUGAAAAACAAUUACGUGCUACCGUAGAAAAAGCAAUGGCAAAAUUAGAUGAUGAAGAUAAUAAUAAUGCUGCUUCACGAACAUCAAUUAAUAAUGAUGGCAAAAGUGGUAAGAAAGGUGUUAGAAAUUCAAAAUCAAAGACAAAAACAUCAAAGACAAGUUUUUCAAAGACUGAAACGACAACCACAACAAAACAAGCAUCGUCAAUGACUCCCACUACUACUACGACAAUGAAAUGA